AUGAAUAUAAUAUUUCAUUUAUUUCAUUGUUUUAUUUUAUUUUAUAUUUUUAAUUCAAUUUUAUCAACGAAUUUAUUAGAAAAUGGAGUACAUAAUAUUGAUAUUGUACAAAAUGGAGAUCCUUUUAAAGAAAUUCUUCUGCAUGGAAGUCGAAAAUUAUUAGACCAAUUGGAUGCCAGAAGUCAACAAAUAAUUGAUGGAAUUCUUUAUAAUGGAAAAAAAUUUAUUCACAAUGUUUACAACUAUAGGGAUAUGAUUUAUGUUUCAAUGAUUACUUUAGAAUAUUGUAAUAAAAAUUGUGAUGUUUAUUGUUGUGGUAAAAAUUCAAACAUUUCUUCUUGUGACGGGAAAAUAAAAUUUGAUUCAAGUAAAUCAACAACAUAUAAAAGUAAUGGCAGUCCUUUUAGUAUAAUUUAUGGACAGGGAUUUGCUGAUGGAUUUUUGGGGAGUGAUAAAUUAAAAUUUGGUUGUAUUGAUAAAAACAAUACAUUAACAAUUCCAAAUAUUGUUUUUGGUCAAGCAACAACAAUAGACAAACAUGCAGGCAAUGAACCAAUUGAUGGAACUUUAGGGUUAGCAUUUCAGUCAAUUGCUAUUAAUGGAGUAGAACCUCCUCUUACUGCUGCUAUUAGAUUGGGUUUAUUAGCUAAUGCAAUAUUUACUGUUUAUUUGGCAACUUUGGGGAGUAAUCAAAAGAAAUUAGUUAAAGGUGGAGGACAAUUUACCUAUGGGGGAUUAGACAACAAAAAUUGCGGCAAAGUAAUUGGAUGGGCGCCACUUAUAAAUCGCUCUUAUUUCAUUUUUGAACUUGAAGGUGUUAGUUAUGGAAAUAGUUAUCAAAGCAAAAUAAGGCAAAAAGAUACAGGUAGUUCACUUAUUUAUGGAAGUAGUUCAAUAAUUCUUUCAAUUGGACAACAAAUUGGGGCAGAAUAUAACAAAACAGCAAAUAUAUUAUUUAUUCCUUGUAACAAAACUUACAAUCCAAUUACUUUUAAAAUAAAUGGAAAUAAAUAUAAUUUAACUAAAGAAGUAUUAACAAUCGAUGUUUAUGAUCCUUUACAUUUAAAAUGCUUAUUUGGAAUGGUUCCACAAAAUUUCCCAAGUGGAUCUCUCGAUUGGAUUCUUGGCGCGCCUUUUAUUCGUCAAUAUUGUAUGUUUAUUUAUACAUAA